AUGGGGGGUUAUUCCCCCAAAUCUCUCUCUCUCUCUCUCUCUCUCUCUCUCUCUCUCUCUUUCUCAGUCCCUCUUUCUUCAUUUUCAGUAUUUCUCACUGUUUUUUACACAUUUUUUUAUUGCUUUCUUUCUCUUCCCCACCUCACUUACUGUCAUUUUUUCUCUUCUUUGUGCAAAGCUUUUCAGUAUUUUUACAGCGGUCGAGCCUCCGCCAUCUUGAAUAAACUCUUCAUUCUCCCUCGCCCGGCGAAGAGACAUAUUGGACAAGGUGAUAACACCUGCCAUAGAACGAUGUUCAACGUGGUCGUUCUGAAAAACCAUUGCUUUGAUGAUGUUGAAUAUACUUCUCUCUCUCUCUCUCUUUCUCUCUCUCUCUCUCUCUCUCUCUCUCUCUCUCUCUCUCUCUCUCUCUCUCUCUCAAGCGAGAUGUUGCGAACACUUCGUAUGUAUCUAUCUAUCUAUCUAUCUAUCUAUCUAUCUCAGACUCUUCAUAUAUCUCUAUCUAUUUAUCUAUAUUAUAUAUAA